AUGUACUCCACCAUAAACUCGCACCAGAUGAUGACGUGCCCUUACAAUAAGGCGCACCAGGUAGAGCACUACAGGAUGCACAUCCACCUGCAGAAGUGCAGGAAGCAGUACCCCAAGUGCUCCAAGACCACGUGCCCGAUCAAUGCGACACAUGUUGUCAACGAUGCGGAGUUGGAUUUCCACGUGUCGUCAUGCCCGGAUCGCUUCCUUUUCGACAACCAGAAGUACUUGGUGGAAGAUGAGGUGCCGCAGCGAGAACUGCCUCCCAUCCCCGUCGUAGAGUGCGAGGAAAAUUGGGAAACUGAGCAAGCGGCGUCAUACGUCCCAGACACUACUGCUAAAUCUCACAUCAUUUCUAAAGUGAAAGGCGCCACGCCGUCGGAGCGGCGCCGCGCGCGCCUCGAGGGCGUGAAGCACUACCGCCCCCUCGACCACUAAGCCACGGAGCUUCUUGCCCGUUCUUCUCAAGCCAUUCCC